UAUAUAAAUCAAAUUGGUUUAGAUGUUAUUGCUGGUAUAUCAUAAAGUAGUUUUUUUGUAAUAUAAUAAUUCAUUUUUUCGAAUUCAGAAACAGCAAUGGGUGUAAAAAUCGAUUUUCUCAAGAAUCCUAGAUCUGAAUAUCCUGAGGCUAUAGAAAAUUAUAUCAUCUUAGCUGUAAAACGGGCCUUUAAUCCAAUUGGACAUAUCGAUUUCUUAUUUGGAUUGACCAAUGAUGCCAAAAGUAUGAAAGAAAGUUUAGAUAUUAUCAAUAAAUUCAACAAAAAGAUAAUUGCUGAAAGAAAGGUUCUAUACCAACAAAACAAGUGUAAUAAUGAAUCGAAUUUGAAAAACCGUAACAAAAAUUUGGCUUUUUUGGAUUUGCUGCUCUCCUACCAAGAAACUGACAAUUUCACAGAUGAGGAAAUUGAAGAAGAAGUUAAUACUUUUAUGUUUGGUGGGCAAGAUACUACCUCCCUUACUAUAACAUACACUUUACUAGCCAUAGGAAAUCAUCCUAAUGUACAGAAACGUCUCCAAGAAGAAAUUGACAGCAUUUACCAAGGCGAUGAAAGACCAAUAACAUCAGAAGAUUUGAGUAAAAUGGUAUAUAUGGAUAGGGUAAUCAAGGAAACUCUUAGAGUAUACUAUUUUGUUCCUUUCAUGUCAAGAACGCUUGUUGAAGAUAUCGAAAUAGAUGGAUUUUUAAUUCCGAAAGAUGUGACAGUUAUCAUAUCCAUGCACGAUCUACACCACGAUCCAGAAAUAUAUCCAGAACCCGAGAAGUUUGAUCCUGAUAGAUUUUUACCAGAAGUAACAGCUAAAAGGCAUCCCUAUGCUUAUAUCCCGUUCAGUGCUGGCCCUAGAAGUUGUAUUGGUCAAAAUUUUGGUUUGAAAAACACCAAAACUAUACUUGCCUAUAUACUGAGAAAGUUCAACAUUACAUGUUUAGAAAAACCAGAAGACAUUAAAAAAGCAUAUGAAAUUGUACUUAAACCUCUGAGUGGCUUAAAAGUAAAAUUAGAAAAGAGACAUGCAUAGAAAAUAAAAGACAUAGAGCCUCAAAAUGUAUUUAAAUAGUUUUCUGUAUAUUUUUAUUGUUCUUUUAUUUAUUAUACUUAAUUAUAUUGACUGAUUAGUUACAGAUAUUGAUUAGUUUUAAUCUGUUUUAUUCUAUU